UUCUCUCCCAGUUUUCUCUUGCGAGGCAGUCUCAGUCCCCAACAGUGGUUCUAUCUGAGCACUGCAUAUAAACCUAUCCCUAUUCCUAUAUUUCUAAUUGAUCGCUUUGCUUUUAUUUUAAUUUUAGUAUAUUUGUUCUUGCUGAGAAGGUGGAUUGAUUUUCUUCUAAUCUUUGGAUUUUGUUUGAUUGAUUCGCUUUUGUUUCUCACGUAACAGCGGUAAUUCGGGGUCAAGGCCACUAAUCAACUUACUCUUCUUGCUAGGGAACUUCCUAUCAAGACAUCAACCUCCUUAAAGUUCUUAAAUCAUCUCAGCUAGCUCCUAAGAAUUCUUGUCCCAACAGUUCUUAAGGCCAACAGAUAAGAAGUUCCUAAACUUGUGCAAAUCUCCAACCAAGCUUCACCCUCCACAUAAUCUCGAUCUCUGUGAGUCACCAUUUUCAAAUUAAUCUGAAUCUGGAGAAUUUUUUUGGUCCCAAGGAAGCGUGCUUUUACUUGUAGAUCUGAGCAGUUAUGGCUUCCUCCUCUGUUUCUUCUUCUGUCAUCCCCCCAAAAGAAAAGUAUGAUGUUUUUCUCAGUUUCAGAGGCGCGGAUACUCGCCAGACUUUUACCAGCCAUCUUCUUGCUGCUUUGAUACGGUGGAAAGUGAAAACCUUCAUUGAUUACGGACUGGAGAGAGGAGAUGAAGUUGGACCCGCCCUUCUAAAAGCAAUAAAAGAAUCAAGGAUUUCCGUGAUCAUUUUCUCGAAAGACUAUGCUUCUUCCGCAUGGUGCUUUGAAGAACUUGCUUGUAUACUGGAAUGCAUGGAAAAACAUGGACAAUAUGUUAUACCUAUUUUUUACGAGAUAGAACCAUCACAAGUGCGCUACCAGACCGGAAGUUAUGAGACUGCAUUUGCUCAACAUGAACAAUGGUUGAAGGACGACAAGACGGACAAGGUGGCCAAGUGGAAGGAAGCUUUAGUAAAAGCAGCUGGCCUAUCUGGGUCUGAUUCAACUUCAAAAAAUUUCGGGAUGAUUCCGCUUUAGUUGAGCAAGUCGUCAAAGAUGUGUUGGCUAAAUUGAAUCGUGAAUCCUCAAGUGAUUUAACUGGUUUGAUUGGAGCUGAAGACCGCAUUAAGAAAAUUUUAUUGGAAUUAGACAUCUGGGAAGAAGAUGUUCGUGUUCGCUCUGUAGUUAUCUGGGGUAUGGGUGGUAUCGGCAAGACCACGCUUGCCGAUGCUGUAUAUCAUGGACUCUCUUCUAAAUUCGAAGCUCACUGUUUUCUUGCAAAUGUUAGGGAAGAAUCUGGUACCAAACCUAAAUUAUAUAGUUUGCGAGAUAAACUUCUUCGCAAAUUAGUAGGGGACGAGACUCCACCUAUGGAGAGUCCGACUAUAGAGAAUUUUGUUAAAGUGAGGCUCCAGCGUACCAAAGUCCUUUCUUGAUGAUGUGAAUGAUUCGGUCCAAUUAGAAUUUUUAGCCGGAGAUCAAGUUCCAUUUGGCCCAGGAAGUAGAAUAAUUAUAACAACUCGAGAUACGCAACCAGUUAAG